CACGGCCAACAUAGCCACUUGACAAUCGUCACCGAAUCGAACAACUAAGUAUUUUACAAAAUACUAAGUGUAGUUUUUCUAUUGAUAACAGUUAUUUUUCUACGGUUGUAAUCAAUAUGAUGUCAAAGGUAAUCAUCAGUUCUUGUGUCAUUUUGUACGUCGUCUUCCAAGCUGUUCAAUGUAAUCCACAAGGAUAUGGACAUAAUGAUGAAGAUGAACAUGUCGAUUACCACGCUCAUCCUAAGUACUCUUUCAAAUACGGAGUUCAAGACCCACACACCGGUGAUUAUAAAACUGCUCACGAGUACAGAGAUGGAGAUGUUGUCAAAGGUUCUUACAGCGUGCACGACCCUGAUGGCACCCUAAGAACUGUAGAAUAUGUAGCUGACAAAGAAAAUGGCUUCAACGCCGUUGUUCAUAAAUCUGGACAUGCCAACCAUCCCGAUCACUAUGAACAUUACUAAGCAGAAAAUGAGUUUUAAUUUCAUAUGCUAUUUGUUAUUAACAAAUGAUUUAUGAUGGGUAAACCGCCACUGCAUUUAAGAAGGGAAAGCUGAGACAUCAAUCUAGUCCCUUAAUAUUUAACUUACUUGGAAUUAUUCUUCUUCGAACAUAUUUUGUAACGCAAAUAUUUAUAUUGUUAUUUUUUACAUGUAAUUAAUGUUAUACUACUUAUGUAUCAUAAGACAUAGAAUAUAACGCACACUAUUAAUUUGCAACAUUGUAAUAAAAUGUAAUUACUAUAUCAUGUACAUUGUUAUAGAAAAUAGUUAUAGUUUUGCAUAUUUUUUUUUUGUACAAUUGUUUCAUAUUUUGUUGAGUAUAUGAAUUUUACAUUGAA